UCCGACAAUCAAGGAAGGGCAGAGCGGGCCGGCGCCUCAGCCGGGCUGGAGUUGACGGAAGAGGGCGGGGAAAGGCGGCGGAUCGACGGGCGCGGGGAGGAGCGGGCCGGUGCGGCCGAACAUGGCGGACCAGAUCCCCCUGUACCCGGUGCGAGGCGCAGCGGCCGUGGCCAGCCGCAAGCGCGCGGCCUACUACAGCGCGGCGGGGCCCGGGGCCGAGCGGCCCGGCAGGUUCCAGCUGGAAGAUGAGUCUGCCCAUUUGGAUGAAAUGCCACUGAUGAUGUCUGAAGAGGGCUUUGAGAAUGAUGAAAGUGAUUACCACACGUUACCACGAGCUAGGAUCUCGCAAAGAAAAAGAGGACUAGAGUGGUUUGUCUGUGGAGGAUGGAAGUUCCUCUGUACCAGUUGCUGUGAUUGGCUGAUAAAUAUUUGUCAAAGAAAGAGAGAACUGAAAGCUCGCACAGUGUGGCUUGGAUAUCCUGAAAAGUGUGAAGAAAAACAUCCUCGAAAUUCUAUAAAAAAUCAAAAAUACAAUGUAUUUACCUUUAUACCUGGGGUUUUAUAUGAACAAUUCAAGUUUUUCUUGAAUCUCUAUUUUCUGAUAGUAUCCUGCUCACAGUUUGUACCAGCAUUGAAAAUAGGCUAUCUCUACACCUACUGGGCUCCUCUGGGGUUUGUCCUGGCUGUCACUAUCGUGAGGGAAGCAGUUGAUGAGUUUCGGCGUUUUCAGCGAGACAAGGAAGUGAAUUCACAGCUGUACAGCAAGCUUACAGUGAGAGGUAAAGUGCAAGUUAAGAGUUCAGACAUACAAGUUGGAGACCUCAUCAUAGUGGAAAAGAAUCAAAGAAUUCCAUCGGACAUGGUAUUUCUUAGGACUUCAGAAAAAGCAGGUUCAUGUUUUAUUCGAACCGAUCAGCUGGAUGGUGAGACCGACUGGAAGCUGAAAGUGGCCGUGAGCUGCACACAACGGCUGCCGGCUUUAGGGGACCUUUUUUCUAUAAAUGCUUACGUUUAUGCUCAGAAACCACAAUUGGAUAUUCAUAGUUUUGAAGGCACAUUUACCAGGGAGGACAGUGAUCCGCCUGUUCAUGAAAGUCUCAGCAUAGAAAACACCUUGUGGGCAAGCACCAUUGUUGCAUCAGGUACUGUAAUAGGUGUGGUCAUUUAUACUGGAAAAGAGACUCGAAGUGUAAUGAACACAUCCAAUCCAAAAAAUAAGGUUGGUUUGUUGGACCUUGAGCUCAAUCAGCUGACCAAAGCACUCUUUUUGGCUUUAGUUGCCCUCUCGCUUGUUAUGGUAACCUUGCAAGGAUUUGUAGGCCCGUGGUACCGCAAUCUUUUUCGGUUCCUUCUUCUGUUUUCCUACAUCAUUCCCAUAAGUUUGCGUGUGAACUUGGACAUGGGCAAAGCAGCCUACGGGUGGAUGAUUAUGAGAGAUGAGAACAUCCCUGGCACUGUUGUCCGGACCAGCACCAUCCCAGAGGAGCUGGGGCGCCUGGUGUAUUUGUUGACUGACAAAACAGGAACCCUCACCCAGAAUGAGAUGAUAUUCAAGCGGCUGCAUCUGGGCACUGUGUCUUACGGAACUGACACGAUGGAUGAGAUUCAGAGCCACGUCAUGAAUUCUUACUCCCAGAUGUAUUCUCAAGCUAGUGGAAACAAUGCUAGUUCAACUCCACCAAGAAAAGCCCAAUCUUCAGCUCCCAAAGUUAGAAAAAGUGUUAGCAGUCGAGUCCACGAAGCAGUGAAGGCUAUUGCACUGUGCCACAACGUGACCCCCGUGUAUGAGGCCCGGGCUGGCGUCACCGGGGAGACCGAGUAUGCCGAGGUGGACCAAGAUUUCAGCGACGAGAACCGCACCUACCAGGCUUCCAGCCCCGAUGAGGUGGCCCUGGUGCAGUGGACGGAGAGCGUCGGCCUCACCCUCGUCAACAGAGACCUCACCUCCAUGCAGCUGAGGACGCCCGGGGGCCAGAUCCUGACCUACUGCGUCCUGCAGAUGUUUCCCUUCACGUCGGAGAGCAAACGCAUGGGCGUCAUCGUCAGGGACGAGUCCACGGCAGAAAUCACAUUCUACAUGAAAGGCGCUGAUGUGGCCAUGUCCACCAUCGUCCAGUAUAACGACUGGCUGGAGGAGGAGUGUGGAAACAUGGCCCGCGAAGGUCUGCGCACCCUCGUGGUCGCGAAGAGGGCGCUCACAGAAGAGCAGUACCAGGAUUUCGAGAGCCGGUACAGUCAGGCCAAGCUGAGUGUCCACGACAGGACGCUCAAGGUGGCCGCAGUGGUGGAGAGCCUGGAGCGGGAGAUGGAGCUGCUGUGCCUCACGGGGGUGGAAGACCAGCUGCAGGCCGAUGUGAGGCCCACACUGGAGAUGCUGCGGAACGCAGGCAUCAAGAUAUGGAUGCUCACGGGUGAUAAACUUGAGACAGCCACUUGCAUUGCCAAAAGUUCACAUUUGGUGUCUAGAACACAAGACAUCCACACUUUCAGACCUGUGACCAGUCGAGGAGAGGCCCAUUUGGAGCUGAAUGCAUUUCGGAGGAAGCAUGACUGUGCCCUCGUCAUAUCUGGGGACUCCCUGGAGGUCUGCCUGCGGUACUACGAGCACGAGCUUGCGGAGCUGGCCUGCCAGUGCCCCGCUGUGGUGUGCUGCCGCUGUUCGCCCACCCAAAAGGCCCGCAUUGUGAAGCUGCUGCAGCAGCGCACCGGGAAGCGCACAUGCGCCAUCGGCGACGGAGGAAACGAUGUGAGCAUGAUCCAGGCAGCAGACUGUGGGAUCGGGAUUGAAGGGAAGGAGGGGAAGCAGGCCUCGCUGGCAGCAGACUUCUCCAUCACGCAGUUCAAGCACAUUGGCCGGCUGCUGAUGGUGCACGGGCGGAGCAGCUACAAGAGGUCUGCAGCGCUCGGCCAAUUCGUCAUGCACAGGGGCCUCAUCAUCUCCACGAUGCAGGCCGUCUUCUCCUCCGUCUUCUACUUCGCGUCUGUCCCUCUGUACCAGGGCUUCCUCAUGGUCGGAUAUGCAACCAUAUACACCAUGUUCCCCGUGUUCUCUUUAGUGCUGGACCAGGAUGUGAAGCCCGAGAUGGCCAUGCUCUACCCAGAGCUCUACAAGGACCUCACCAAGGGAAGAUCCUUGUCCUUUAAGACGUUCCUCGUCUGGGUUUUAAUCAGUAUUUACCAAGGCGGCAUCCUCAUGUAUGGGGCCCUGCUGCUUUUCGAGUCUGAAUUCGUCCAUGUCGUGGCCAUCUCCUUCACGGCCCUCAUCCUCACCGAGCUGCUGAUGGUGGCCCUGACCGUCAGGACGUGGCACUGGCUAAUGGUCGUGGCCGAGUUCCUCAGCCUGGGCUGCUACAUCGCCUCGCUUGCCUUUCUGAAUGAAUACUUCGGCAUAGGCAGAGUGUCUUUUGGAGCUUUCUUAGAUGUUGCCUUUAUCACCACCGUGACCUUCCUGUGGAAGGUGUCAGCAAUCACUGUGGUCAGCUGUCUUCCACUCUACGUCCUCAAGUACUUGAAGCGGAAGCUGUCCCCUCCCAGCUACUCCAAGCUCACCUCCUAGGGCCGCGCAUCUGCCAGCCUGGCUCCGGCACCGUCCAGUCGCUGCAGGGGAUGCAGGGUUUGCGAUGGCUGUGGACAGAGACAGUGAGAGGAACGGCCCAGGAGAGAGGCCCUCUGGGGACGGGCCCUGAGACAGGCACUCCUCCUCAAGCAGGGGCCGCAUCCUUGCCUUUCUAUUAUUUUUCAAAACAAUUCCAGAUCGAACCAGCUUGUGUUUCUAUUGAAAAUAAGCCCUGAUUAUUUCACUAUUACUGUAAAGCAUUCAUCUUACUCUACUGUUCUGAGACUAGAAAUGAAAGUUUAAUAUUCUGCAAAUUCUAAUGUUCAAAUUAUUUCUUUGAUGUUAUAAUAUAGAAAGACAUUCCUACUUAACUCAAAUAAACUCCACAUGCUCUCAA